UUUCACAUAACUUUUACACUGUUGCAUCUGCAAGUUGAAUAACUGUGUUCAACCAAGAGUUAGAGAACGCAAAUGUAAUGACUGAAAUGUAAUGGUUUGCAAUAUCUUUUCUUUGCCUGUAGAUGAUUAUGUUCAAUAAUGUAGUUAUGAAAAAAACACCUAUGGCAUUGAUCGGUGUUGUACAAGACACCGGUUUCAUCUUCCAGUCAACCCUGCAGUCCUUGCCCUCUGUGCACUGGGCUUGGUGCUCCACACUGACAAAGCAAGUCCAGAUCUUCUCUGUCAUGCAGUACAUCGUCUCCUUCCUCAUGAUGGGCCCUAUAAUCUCUGUGGUGAUGCUGUAUCUCCUCUGGACUGACUAUUGGUGGGUCACAGCUUCAUACACCACCUGGCUCUUCUAUGACCGAAGCACACACAAACAAGCUGGCCGAAGGUUUUUAUGGGUGAGGAACUGGACUGUGUGGACCUACUAUCGAGACUACUUCCCUAUCCGACUCAUCAAGACUCACAACUUGUCGCCUAGUCGGAACUAUAUCCUUGGUUACCACCCACAUGGAAUCUUCUGUUUUGGAGCAUUUUGUAACUUUGCAACAGAGGCCAAUGGUUUUUCACACACGUUUCCUGGAAUAACACCAUAUGUGGCUACCCUGGCAGGGAAUUUCUGCAUGCCAUUGGCUAGAGAGUACCUGAUGUCUGCCGGUGUUUGUCCUGUGGACCGCGCCACUUUGGAGUUCAUUCUGUCAUGUAAUGGGAUGGGAAAUGCUGUGGUUAUCACUGUUGGAGGGGCAGCUGAAUCUCUUGAGUCUACUCCAGGAGUUCAUUGUAUCACCCUGAAGAACCGUAAGGGUUUUGUGAAACUGGCUCUGCAACAAGGUGCUGACCUGGUGCCAGUGUAUUCGUUUGGGGAAAAUGAGGUGUAUAAGCAGCUGAUCCUGGAUGAGGGCUCAUGGUGCAGGCUGGUACAGAGGAGAAUUCAGAAAAUCCUGGGCUUUGCCCCCUGUGUGUUUCAUGGCCGGAGCCUCUUCUCCUCUAACACUUGGGGCCUGGUCCCAUUCCCCAAACCCAUCAACUCAGUUGUUGGAAAACCAAUAGAGAUGCCCAAGAUCAGUUCACCCAGCCAAGAAGAAGUGGAUUAUUAUCACACUACUUACAUGUGUUCUCUCACACAACUCUUUGACAAGUACAAGGUCCACUUUGGGCUGAGUGAGGAAGAUGUUCUGGUGAUUCGCUAAACAACGGUUAGAACCUGGCUGGGCAGGCAUGGGCACUUCUCCCCGGCUGCUCCAAAUACGUUUUGUAGACUAACUGCGACUAACACCACAUUGGACAAAAUGCUACUGGUUCUUCUUCAUUACAUGAUGUCUCCUGGGGAAAGAUUCUUGUUUGCUGCCUGGAACCAUACCUUGUUGUAAUACAUUCAUUCUUACACUCAUGUUCACUUCAAUAUGUUUUCUGCUAAGAAACCCUCAGAUUGCAGCAAAUAUUUCUCUCACCUGAUAGUUCUGCUGAAAAUAAUAAUAAUGUAUAAUUUAUAUCCAUUCCAUGUAGUUUUGAGAUUACAGUUAUGGGUGGUUUUUGGGGCAUUUUCCAAAGAUAUAGAGAGAGAAGAGUUUCAUGGAAUAUGAUUGUUGUAUUUUUGUGACCACACAGAAGUGUGUUGACUGUUUUCUAUAUUUUCUCUUUCUUUAAAAUAUAUUAUACAGGCAUGCAUUUUUAAUGUACCUCUGCAGUUUUCAUAUAAAGAAAGUAAUUUUCCAAUAGAGACUUGGUGUACAUUCUCUUGACAAAAUGUUCUGUAUAAUAACAAUUGAGUUUCAUGCAAAGUGUACUGUAGCUAUCAAAUUAUAAUACUUUAAAACUGUUUACUUAACAAUGCAAGCAGGUCUUAAAAGAAUAUCACACUGUGCAAUAAUCAACAUGUAGGUGAUGUUCAAUAUCCCCCACUGGCAGCUGUGGAUCUGUCUAAUCAACAUGUAUGUGAUGUUCAAUAUCCCACACUGGCUGCUGUGAAUCUGUCUAAUCAACAUGUAUGUGGUGUGCAAUAUACCCCACUGGCUGCUGUGAAUCUGUCUAAUCAACAUGUAGGUGAUGUGCAAUAUCCCCCACUGGCUGCUGUGAAUCUGUCUAAUCAACAUGUAUGUGAUGUGCAAUAUCCCCCACUGGCAGCUGUGGAUCUGUCUAAUCAACAUGUAGGUGAUGUGCAAUAUACCCCACUGGCUGCUGUGGAUCUGUCCUCUUGUGCAGUGGCCAUUCAUUUAUCCACAUCUGUUCAUGAUGUAAUGUGCUUGUACACAAAUUAAUCCCUUUGGGCUGUUAAGUCUGUAGUUGUUGUAAAGUUUGUGGAACAAGAAAAUUGGGGUAACACCUAAUCUUGAAAGUGAACCAAUAAAUGGUUCAGAGCCUGCUUGAAAGACAUUUUGACCAGACAAGUGGCUGUACAAUACAUGUUUAACAUUAUCAUAUUUUACUGUACAGACGUUUUUAAGAGACAUUUUGAAUCACUACGACCUAUGUCUCUUGCUUUUACAUUGCUUGGUUUAUUUUGCUUGUUUCACUAGAUAUAUUUGCACUUAAUGUUGUUUUAUUUCUGUAAUGACUAUAUCAAAUUUCCAUGUCCUAGAAAAUUCUUCCUUUCUCACAAAAACAUAGCUUUCUUUCAUUAACAUUCAAGCAUUUAUUGAAGGGACUUUAAAUCAGACUCAGUAAAAACCAGGAAGUGGACUGGUAAAACUGUUUUUUACAUGUCAA